GAAUGCUCAUUACUCCAUUCCAUCAACACCUUAUUUCUCAGAAAAUCUCAGACGACUCAUCAUGUCCAUGUUACAAGAAGAUCAACAAAAACGACCCAACAUUUAUCAAGUGGUGAAAACUGUAUCUGAUUUGAUGCAUGUGGAAUGUCCUAUUCGAAAUGUAAGUAGAGUACAAAAAGUCAAAAAAAAAAAAAGGCAAAUGGCUAAUAUGAUAUCUAUAGAUUUAUCAAGAUGCUUAUGCAAGUCCCAUCUCCAAUCAUGAAACACCAGAAACGAUCUCUAGAAAUGAAAGUCCUUCAUCUAUUUUUGAAAAACUACCAAGUCCUCCUCAACAACUACCUAACAUUACACCUAUGCGACGAGGACGACCUACUCGACAAGAAAAUCGUCUAUCUGGAACGCCCCCUCCGCCAACAACGACUGAAAAGAUUACACCCACCACAUCAUUUGAUCCAUUUGAUCCGGCACAAGUCAAGGGAUAUAGUAAUCAAAACGUUGAACCUACUCGAGAAAAAUCAUCAUUCUCUUCAGCUUCAAAAUAUGAAUUCGAAAAUCGAUUUGAUAGCGAAAUGAUUUCCAGCAAUAAGGAUACAACCAUAAAUAACAAUGAUGACGAAGAUAGCGACAAUAGUGGUAAUGCAUCUUAUCCAUGGCAAUUGGAAUCUCAAACAUUGGAUCCUAUCUCGAUACCUCCCUCAAAAAGUCAAUCGAUCUCCCGAACAGCGUCUCCUCAACAAUCAGUUGGCAGUGGAAAUGAAAAUAACAACAUCAGUAGUAGUAGUAACAGUAAUAAUAGUAUCAACAAUAAUGGUGGGAUUACAUCUAGCACCAAAAGCACCAAAAGCAUUCGCGAUUUCAUGGAAAGGAAAAGAGCUCCUUAUGCAACAACGUCCUCAUCUGCUACUAGUACUUUUGAAUCAUCUUCAUCGUUCAAAGUUAGUGAAACACCAACACCGACACCACCAUUACCAAGUACAAGUAAAGAAAUGAAAUCAACAUCAUCCACUUUCUCGCAAUCCAAAAAUCAACGACCAAAACCUCCACCAAAACCAGCAAGAUUCCGUACGAAGACUCCUGUAUCAGACACAACUCCUGCUAGUAAUACACCAUCUUCUCCAUCCCUUCGACCACCCUCUAUUUCUGAAUUUGAAGACAAAUUCCCUGCUCUUGAAGAACUGUACCAUCAUCUAUCCCCAAAUACAUAAUCAUCAUCUUAGAUUUUUUUUUUCCCCUUUAUCCUUUGUCGGUGACUGAAAACACGAAAUAAAAUAAAAUAAAAAAAAAUUUCAAAAACAUAUA